AUGGCGUCGACGUCAUCGUCUGAGCACAAGCCCGCGGGGCUGCCCGUCCCCAACUCGACCUCAUCCUUCUGGCACAGCGAGCCCAAUCAAUUCCUCCUCGGCCAUCGCACCACCCCCGAGCUCCCCGCCGAAGCCGACUUUGUCAUCGUCGGCAGCGGUAUCACGGGCACCUCGGUAGCGCGCUUUCUGGCCGAAGAUGAGCGCGCCAAGGGCAAGAGCAUCGUGCUCCUCGAGGCGCGAGAGGCCUGCUGGGGAGCCACAGGCCGCAAUGGAGGCCACUGCCAGGUGCUCCCCGUCGCGCGCGCGCUCGAUGUGACGCAGUUUGAAGUGCUCAACUACAACGCGGUCAAGGCGUACAUCGAGGAGAACCAGGUGCCGUGCGAAUGGCGUUCGCUCGACGGCUGCCGCAGCUACUACUCGGAGGAGAUGUUCGCCGUGGCGCAGGCCGAGGUGGCGGCGCUGCACGCAAAGGACCCGGAGCUGGGCAAGAUCGUGCGCGUCGUGACGGAGCGCGACGAGCUGGCCGCCCACCGCGUCGCAAAGGCCGUCGGCUGCACGCUGACCAGCGCCGCCGCCUCGCUGUGGCCCUACAAGCUCGUCACCUUCAUCCUCGAGAAGCUGGUCAAGAGCGGCCGCCUCAACCUGCAGACCAACACCCCCGUCGACUCCAUCUCCGCCACUGAGGAUGCGGCGCUGGCGUCGUCCUACCCGCACACCUUAAACACCCCCCGCGGCGCCGUCCGCGCCCGCACCGUCAUCCUCGCUACCAAUGGCUACACCUCGCACCUGCUGCCCGACUUUGCGGACCUGAUCGUGCCCGUGCGCGGCGAGAUGUCGUCGCUGCUGCCGCCCAAGGGCGCGCCGCGCCUGGACGACUCGUACGGCCUGUGCGGGCAGCCGGGCCAGCCCGCCCACGGCGACGACUACCUCAACCAGCGGCCCUACGAGGGCGUGCCCAACCCGGCCGGCCACUACAUGUACGGCGGUGGCGACGGCGCGGCCGACCACGAGCGCAUCGGCGUGUGGGACGACAGCAUCGUGGACAAGGGCAUGGCGGCGUGGCUGCGCCGUCGGCUGUUGGAGUACAUGGAGCUCGGGGGAGAGACGGAGGGGCUGGAGGAGCUGGAGGCGACGCAUCAGUGGACGGGUAUCAUGGGGUACUCGCGCGAUAACGUGCCGUGGGUGGGUAAGGUGCCUGGGAAGGGCGUGUGGUUGUCGGGUGGUUAUACCGGCCAUGGUAUGCCCAACGGCACGCUCUGCGGCAAGGCUGUCGUGGAACUGGUGCUGGCGGACGAGGCGGGUGUCCCGGCUUCCGAGGCGCAGCAGAAGGUCGUCAAGGAGGUCGGCCUGCCGAAGAGCUACCUCAUCACUGAGGAUAGGUUUGCUGAGGUUCGCAAGCUGCCUACGGUUGCCGAGGCAGACGCGAUGGGCGCGAUUGGCAACCAUGCGAGGCAGGAGUCCAAGCCUCAGCCGCGCACGUCCGGCGUCUUUGAGUAUCUGAAGAGCUUUGUGACCUCUCCGAAGUAG